AUGAGUGUGGGAUUCAUCGGUGCUGGACAGCUUGCCUUCUCCCUGGCUAGGGGUUUUACUGCAGCAGGGAUCUUAGCUUCUCAUAAGAUCACAGCAAGUUCACCGGAUACUGAUCUUCCAACAGUGGCAGGGUUGAGGAAAAUGGGUGUGAAUGUCACCCUAAGUAACAAAGAGACAGUUAAAAACAGCGAUGUCUUGUUUUUGGCUGUGAAACCUCCCAUAAUUCCAUUUAUUCUUGAUGAAAUCGGACCGGACAUAGAGGAUCGGCACAUUGUGGUCUCAUGUGCUGCUGGUGUCACUAUCAGCUCUAUUGAGAAGAAACUUACUGCAUUCUGCCCCGCCCCAAAAGUAAUCAGAUGCAUGACCAACACACCAGUGAUUGUACGGGAAGGGGCCACUGUUUAUGCUACAGGGAGUCAUGCUGAAGUGGAAGAUGGGAAGCUCUUGGAACAGCUGAUGACCAGCGUGGGCUUCUGCACUGAGGUGGAAGAGGACUUGAUUGAUGCUGUGACUGGACUCAGUGGCAGUGGGCCUGCUUACGCGUUCACAGCCCUGGAUGCCCUGGCAGACGGAGGGGUGAAGAUGGGACUUCCUCGCAGGCUAGCUGUCCGGCUGGGAGCUCAAGCAUUGCUGGGAGCUGCCAAGAUGCUCUUGGAUUCUGAACAGCAUCCCGGACAGCUGAAGGACAAUGUGUGCUCUCCAGGGGGCGCCACCAUCUAUGCCCUGCACUUCUUGGAGAGUGGCGGUUUCCGGUCGCUGCUCAUCAAUGCUGUGGAGGCAUCCUGCGUCAGAACGAGGGAACUGCAGUGCAUGGCUGACCAGGAGAAGGUCUCCCCAGCUUCCAUUAAGAAGACUUUAAUGGACAAAGUGAAACUAGAGUCUGCUGCUGCCAACAAAGUCAGCCUGUUCAACAAAAAGAAUCCUGGCAGCAAGAAGUUCUGAGGAAACUCUAGGCCUUCCAUGGCCAUGCUUUCUUGUCUCUUUCU